AUGGUGGAGGCUACACCUGCCCCAGAUCCCGGCUCUCCCCAGGAUAAGGAGGUAACACCAGGCUUUGCUGGAGACCAUCUUCAGACAAAGCCAUGUCAACCCAGGUGUCAGACCCUCCCUGAGCCAGCAGCUCUGACUCUCGGUACAGCCACCCCACCUAGGACCCUGGAACGCACACCCCUGCUGCUGGAGCUGCAGAAGCUGCCAGGAUUGGUCAACACAGACUUGAGUGCCCCGAACCCCAAUAUCCAGGUGACCAUCGAGGUGGUGCAGGACCCCCAGGCUGAGGCAGAGAUGGACUUGCCUUCUGAACCCAGAAGUCUCUGGCCCCUGCAUGCCCCCAGCUGGUUGCCCACCAGGGAGUUCUUCUGGCCCCUCUUCUGGGGCUACCAGGAAGGUGAAGAAGGAGGCGCCAGCCUCAAAGACACAGUCCCAGGGGAAGUGCAGGAGGAGGAAGAAAAGGGUUAUGCUGCAGAGUACGGUGAUGGUGAGGACCAAGAGGGCAGUGAAGAGGACAAGGAUGAGGAGCCAUGGUCCAGUGGGGCCACAGACAAUUGGGACUAUGGAUGGUUGGGUCCUCAGGAGCCAGACAGCUAUGACUAUGAGCCUCAGGAGGAGUGGAGCACCUGGUCUCCCUGCAGUGGGAGCUGCAGCAGCGGCAAUCAGCAGAGAUCUCGGCCCUGUGGCUAUGCCUGUACUGCCUCAGAGUCCCGGGUCUGCGACCUGCCCCCCUGUCCUGGCACCGAAGAGGAGAACACCCUGGGCUUUCCCAGUGAGGGGUGGCAGCCCCUAGCCUACAAUGCUACGGAUAUGCUUGAUCCAGGUGUAGACAGCUGUGAGAAGUGGCUCAACUGCAAGAGUGACUUCCUAGCUAAGUACCUGAGCCAAGUGCUCCAGGACCUGCCCAGCUGCCCAUGCGCAUACCCUCUGGAGGCUGUGUACAGCGCUGUGAGCCUGCCGGAUGAACAUCAGGGCCGAAGCUUCCGGUGGCGGGAUGCCAGUGGCCCCCGUGAACGCCUGGACAUCUACCAGCCCACUGCACGCUUCUGCCUUCGCUCCAUGCUAUCAGACGAGAGCAGCACGCUGGCUGCCCAGCACUGUUGCUAUGACGAAGGCAGCCGGCUGCUGACUCGAGGCAAGGGGGCUGGAGCUCCGGACUUAGUCAGCACCGACUUUUCUCCUGAGCUGCACUUCAAAGUAGAUACGUUGCCCUGGAUCCUGUGUAAGGGGGAUUGGAGUCGCUACCACACCGUGCGCCCCCCUAACAAUGGGCGGGCCUGUGCAGACAACCCACCAGAGGAAGAGUACCUUGCCCAGCUGCAGGAGGCCAAAGAGUACUGAAAGAGGGACUAGAGGAUGGUGCUUCUGCCCUUUACCCCGCCCCUGCUGGGACUGGGCAAGUGUUAGGUUCAUCUGAGAGGCCCUCUGGCCUGCAUACCCCCACUUGUGACCCUGAGUCAGGAGAGCCCAGGUAUCUCAAGGAUUGGUGAAAAGGUUGGAGGGUGUGUCAGGGUUAGGGCUGCUGGGUUGUGUUGGGAAGAUGUCUGUGUCUGAAGGAGAGGAGCUGUCCCAGUCUGGCCUCGUGCUCCUUCCUCUUUCUUGCAGAACAGGACCCUUCUGCCGCUCCCUCUGCUCAGGAUUGAGACAGGACAUUACAGAUGCACCCAAGUUCCCAGGAUCUGCUGUGAAUUCCUCAGACCCCCACCCUAUGGCCAGUUGAGGAAGAGCACGGGGAGCGGGUAAAGAAGGACAGACUUUCAUCUGACCCCACAGCUGCCCUUCGCUGGGCUAGCAGAGCCAAGGUGACCACCCCUUCUCAUCAGGGGUCUUGAGAGGACAGCUGAGCUGAGGGGAUGUUGAUAUGAGGCAGGGAACCACCAGCUGUUUCUGGUGAAACAGACGGGAGGAAUGUGUAGGCUGCCCCUGCCACGGCAGACAGGUGCUGGAUGGGCUCAGAACUGCGGGUGGGCUCAGGAGGGUGUCAUGUGCCUGUAGUGGUUGCUAAACCAGGAAUGUGACAGGGUAGACAUUCCUACUGUUCGGUGUGGGCCAUUAUGUGGGGUUAGUACCCACACCAGCACCCACUUCAAGUCCCCACAUGGCGCCAUUGAAGGCCCUGGAACUGGACUUGGAGUCGGGAGAUGUGCGCUUCCGCUCCCAGCACACCUGUGCCUCUUCCCAGCCACUUUUUA